GUUCUCCGCCCCCGCAUGGCUUCUUCCCUCGCCUCGCCCCGACCCCUUCUUCUCCCCCAAAAGCCACUGCACAAACCCUUCGAUCUAGGGUUAGGGUUAGGGUUCCACUCUCCUCGUUCCGUCCCCCUCGGCCGCCGCUCGUCGCAGCUCCGGUGGAAGCUUCUCCCCAUAGGAAGCGUAGUGGAAGCUUCGUUGAGGAGGGGUGCGGGAGGGGGGAGCUCCUCUUCGUCGUCAUGGGACGACGAGCCCUACGAGCUCCUUCCAGGGGGGAGGAGAGCGUACCUCGACGAGCAGGACGUGGCGAGCUUCCUCGAUCCCCCUAAGGAGCUCAUCCCUAUCGAUCCUGAUUCCUACAACCCCGCUUCCUAUCUCUGGAAAAAAAUUGGAGAUAUACCUGAAGAAAGAAGAGAUCAUUUACUCUCUACACUGAAAUCUAGGCACAUAUCUAGGAUGUGGGAACUAGCUGGGACGCGUUACCAAGAUGUCAAAUUGGCAAAGCAAAGUUCAUCUCCAUUGUUAUCCAUGAGCGGUAGUUCGCCAGCUCUGGAAGUUUGGACUUGCAGAACAAGCAAAGGUGCUUUGCCAGUUCCUUGGUUUAAUGACUUCAAGAAGGUUAUUUUCCGUGGCAAGGAUGGGGAUACAUAUGGGCGAAUAAUUCUUGGUGCAUUGAAUCCAUUCAGCGUGGCGAGGUCAUAUCACCCAUUGUACUUCAAAGUUAAGCAAGUUGUGGAAGUAAUGUCCACCGAACAGCCUUGUGAUUUGGCAUAUGAAUUUGGGGAUGGGCUUUUUGACCAUGAUGUUUUUCCUGAGAACUUUUUGAGACCUGUAAGACAUCCUUGGCCGUUCAACGAUCAAUUGGUUAUCUACAUACGUCAUGCCGGACCAGGUAGCUUAGUUGGACAAGCAUGGCAAGAAGGGAAAAGCCUAGAACAAGUUCCCAAGAAGUUGUGUGGGGAGAUCUUAAUGGUGAAAGAUUAUUCCACUACUGGUUAGUGGUUGCUGAUCGGGGGUUCCUACUAAUCUGCAAGAUCAAUUGAGGUGACUCCAAUCAUCAGAGCUGCUCUCGAAUUCAACAUUAAACAUCUCUAUUCAGAUUUAAUGACGAGCAGCGGUGCUAAGAGAUUGGCAUGAGUAGAGAACUGAUGUUGCUGACGCCUUUUUGAGUGAGGUCCUAAUACUAGGUUCGAGGUCAAGGUACAGCUUGAAUCCUUUGCUGUUCACUUUUGGCAUAUAUUUUGGAGCAAUUAUCUCAUCCAUUCAGGAGCUUUUACAUGUGUACCCCUGCAGAAUUACUGUUUGCUUUAUAACCCUGUUAAGCCUAAACUUUCAGAUAUACAUGUAGUUUCUUAUAAGAAUAAGAAUUCACAUUAUGUUAGGUUCAUUAUGUUAGGGUGUCAGGCUGUCAGCUAAUGCAUGGACAAGUAUCUUAAACAGGGGCAGCUUUUUUCAGUGCAUGGAUAAUAAGAAAUUAAGUUUUGAAGGCCCUGUAUAAAAAAAAAAAAAAAACUGUUAGCUCCUUCACAUUUACUAAAUCAAAGAGAGUAACAUUGUGAGAAUUCAUGAGAGUGUAUUCAUUCAUUUUCUUCUGCAUAUUCCAAAGAUAGAAACCAAGUCCUUGAGCCCAAUUCAUCAUCACACCUCAUUGUUGGUAAUCAAAGUGUUAUCCUGUUUUUCUCCAAUCUCUACUUGCUCUUCUUUGGCCUUCCUACACUCAUGGAGAAAAACAGCGUAGACCACGAAACCAAUGAGCUUCACCAAAUAGAAGAAACCCAAAAUCCCGAUCCCACCCGAUGAUCGAAUAAAUGUUUCAUUCUCGCCGCUUUUGUUGAUGGACAACAAUGCUGGAUUAACAACACUAGCAGCCAAUACUACCAUUAAGGCGACCCCUUGUAGCUUUCUCCCUUUCUCCUCCUUUCCAAUGAAUUCAUCUUCCAUUACUGAUAUCCAUAUGUUGGCAAUGUGUAAGUAGAAGAAUAUCUCCACAAGGACCACUGUAUUAGCUAGGACAACUAAGCACACACAUCCGCUGCCGAAGAUUGCGGCAGAGAUGAAUGAGAACAUGGCGAAGAAGUAGACAAUAAUUAGGAGAACAAUCAAGAAGAAGGUGAUCGCCGGUCUCGUCCAUUCCGCCUUGAUCUUGUGCGACAAAUCAUGCAACCUGAGUUCUUUCCCUCUGUGCAAACUAGAUGUCGAACGGAGAGUUAGUAGCAGUAUCAAGGAAGCAAAAAUGCCGAGCCCAAUCGCUGAAACCGCUUCUGCUUGAAGGAACUGUUCCAUAAUCUCGCUCAUCUCCUGAAGGAUUUGUUGAGCUUCGGGGCCUGUGAGAUACCUGGGCAAUACAAACACAGUGGGGGUUCGGAUAGUAUUCGAGGCCAUGUUGAAUCCUAAUGAGAGAAAGAAGAAGGGGAAGAGGAUGGUGAGGGUGAUUACGGCCGCGAGCCUCGAGUUUAGCAAGAAGAUAGUGGAGGGCUCUCUUAAGACUACUAAAACACCAAGAAUGGUAGUGAAUGAGCUUUGGAUUCUCACUGCAUGUUUUCUGAUGCUAUCCAUGCUAUGCUAAUGAAGUUUUGAAGCUUUCCAGCUUGAGAUAUUUUUGUACAGAAACAACAAGAGCAAGAUGGUAAAUAAGACGUCGACGACGAUGCGAUUUCUUGAGAAUUAAGUCCAUUUCAUCUGCCGUAUCGUAGCAUUCGCACUUCUUCGGCGGGCCAUAAUAAUUUUGUAUUUCUUGUUUGCUUUGUUUCUGAUGUCUGAUUCUUUGUUUUUUUUUUUUAAAUUUUCUUUUCUUGUUGCGUUGUUGGCUUGCGAAAUGAAUCAUUUAGUUUUUGGCAAUAUUCUAGUGUUUAGAGACCCUAAAAAGGAGAUUAGUAGUAGCCUCAGGGCUAAUUCCUUGUUUGCCUAUUCUUAAUAUUUUUGUUGUUUGUAACAAAGUCAUCACCCCUUAAAGAGAGGAUGAGAGUAAGUUAUUGCUAAAUUAUUUUC